CUCGGUUUUUUUCGAUUGCCCGAUUAAUCCGCAAGGUAUUGCCGCCAGGCUCCUAGCAGGCACAGUCAUAGACGUGGGGGGAAUCCUUGCAUGCCGAAAGAGAGCCAGAGAUAUAAGCCGCCGCUCCUCAAUCGUAAUGAGAAACUUCAUAAAGCAGCAACAUGGCAACCGUCACAACAGCAGCCAUGACCUUAGCCACAGCACUGGACGAGAGCCUGACAAAGAUACUGGUCCCCAAUGUGGUGCGAGACAGACUGAGAGCGGACCGGGUCUUCUCGUCGCUCUCUGUCAGGCUCGUGAGAACAGUGGAGAUUGUCUCGAUUGCCAAGCUCGCCGGCUUCGAAACACUGCUUUUCGACCUCGAGCACUCGUCUCUGUCCCUCGAGACGACGGCGCAGCUGUCCCAGGCGGCGCUCCUGGCGGGCAUCUGCCCCCUGGUGCGGGUGCCGUACAACAGCUCCGAAUGGAUAUCGCGCGUGCUCGAUGCAGGUGCCCAAGGCGUGGUAGUUCCGCAUAUCAAGACGGUACAGGACGUCAAGAAUGCCGUCAACUGGUCGCGCUUCUAUCCGCGGGGCAGCCGCUCUGUUACUGCAGGUCUGCCACACUUUGCCUUCCGACAUGUGCCUCUGGCGGAAGCGAAUGAGGCCUGUAACGAGUCGACUAUUGUGAUACCCAUGAUCGAGACGCGCGAAGCGCUGGACAUUGUAGACGACAUUGCAGCCGUGCCUGGCAUCGAUGUGCUGCUCAUCGGCACAAACGAUCUCACGGUCGAGCUCGGCAUCCCGGGCCAGUACGACGAUCCCAAAAUUGAGGCCGCCUACAUGAAAGUCAUUGCUGCUGCCAGCAAGCACGGUGUUGCCGUGGGCGUGGGUGGCCUGCACUCGCGCAUGGAUCUGGUGGAGCGAUUCCUCGGUCUCGGUGCGCGCUAUGUCAUGGCGGGUACUGACCAGCCACUACUGCAGGCCGGCUGCGUGGCGAAUCACAAGAUUAUGGAAGCCAUCUGCGCACGCAUGGAGAAAUGA